AUGAGAAGCCAUAAGAAAUGUAUCGAGCGACGAAUUUUACUACUACGAGAAAAUAUUAAGCAAGAAGAUAUAUUGCUAUCGGUUCUUCCGCGACAUAUUGCGAACGACGUUCGAAAGGAUAUCGCUGUGGAGGGACAAGCAUCGACUAUGUUCCAUAAAAUUUACAUUAGAAAACACGAUAUUAUCAGUAUUUUAUUCGCCGAUAUUUGUGGUUUUACAAAUUUGGCUUCGGAAUGUAAUCCCGAAGAAUUGGUACAUUUAUUGAAUAAAUUAUUUGCACGUUUUGAUCAUCUCGCAUAUCGUAAUCAUUGUAUGCGUAUUAAAAUUCUCGGUGAUUGUUACUAUUGCGUAUCAGGUUUACCAGAAUAUCGCUCAAAUCAUGCACAAUGUGCAGUUGAAAUGGGCCUCGAAAUGAUUGAAGCCAUAAAAUUGGUGAGAGAAGUGACAGGUGUCAAUGUUAAUAUGAGAGUGGGUAUACACACUGGAAGGGCACAUUGUGGUGUAUUAGGCUUAAAGAAGUGGCAAUUUGAUGUUUGGAGCGAUGAUGUUACCUUGGCUAAUCAUAUGGAAAGUGGUGGAAUUCCUGGACGAAUUCAUAUCACAGAAGCAACAUUGAAAUGCCUCGGGGAUCUUUAUAAAGUAGAGCCUGGCAAUGGUCAUGAAAGGUCGAGGUAUCUCGCUGAACAUAACGUCAAGACUUAUUUGAUCGUUAAUGACGAUCAACGAGCGGAAUUCAUUCAACAAUCAAACAAUGUGCCCUUCGGAGAAAAAGGACUUAGAAUUACAGGUUAUGUUGGUGAACGUAUGUAUAAAAGGGGGAACAGGGAUCAACGUGAAUCUUGUUUUGCAUUAAAUUGUAUUGCACAUAAAUUCAACAGCUAUCCUUUUUAUAGGAGAGUAAUCGAACAACCAAAGCCUCUUGAUGUUGAAGUGGAAAAUUAUUUAAUGCAAGGCAUUAGAGCUAUUAGUAAGGAAACCUGGAAAUCAAUGUAUUGCAAGCCAUUUACAUUGAUAUUUCGAAAGAAGAAAAUGGAAUGUAAGUUCUUAGAACUCAAAGAUGACGCAAUGGUUAUACAAAUUUCAUGUGCUCUUAGUGUAUUUGUUAUUUGUUCGAUAGUGUUAUUUAUUAAUGAUCUCGGGUGA